UAAAGUGUUGUGUUGUUAUUCCAAAGGCUUUUAAAUUUACAUUAUAUUGGACGGUGGAGAAAGCCGGCAUGGGAAAAAAAUAAGAAACUUACUAAACGCUCCUCCGUUUAAUUUCAAAUACCUAUUUCUUUUGCGGGAGAUGAGAAUUUAGGGGUUUAAAGAUCUUAAGCUCUUUUUAGGGUUUUCGAACCAGCAGCAUCAAGAGUUAUACGCAGGAGGGCCGAGAAGAUCCAUUUUUUUCCUUUAUUUAUCGUUUUUCUUUUUACUUGUAGUGAGGAAGGGUUUGGGAUUCGAACCCGAGUCUGCUGUAUUUUAGUUCUGUGCAGGAGCCGCCGCUUCGAGCAUACGAAAAACAAAGGAAGAAGGAACGAUGGCAGCCGUCGUAGUGCCGCCGAAACAACAAGUAGCGGAAUUAAUGGAGAACCUAAAAAUUAGCGAUCAGCCAAAGUCAAUGGAUGCGGCCAAGGUCCCUGCCAAGGAUGAGAAAAAAAAUGAGGUAAAAUCUACUGCAGUGCCUCCUAAUGAUUCCAUUGGAGCAAAAGAAAACAAACAAUUAGGUGAUACUCUGGAACAAGGGCCGUACUACCCCACUAAUAAUUAUUAUGGGUACUGCUAUCCAGGUCAUGAAGCACCCGGAAAAGAAUGGGAUGAAGCUUCACGCUUUCCAGGAAUGGAUGGUCUAGAAGUGCAAUAUCCUGGAGUACCUUCUGAAAAUGGAUCUGUUGUAUACUACACACCUGGGUAUGGCUAUCCUCCUCAAACUGCAUACAAUCCAUAUAAUCCCUAUAUUCCUGGAGCUAUGAUGGGAAGUGAUGGCCAGUUUAUUGGCCAGCGACCAUACUAUAAUGGCCCUCCUUACCAGCACACAGGAUCAUCAGGUUAUUUCCCACAUUCAGUACAUCCAAAUUCCCAAGAUCCAGGAACAUUGGGUGCUGGUCAAACAAAUGCCAAUGGCAAUGGUGGAAGUAAUGCAGCUUAUAAAACAAAUGAGCAAGAUGGCUUGAAAAACAUUCCUCACCCUGGUGGUGUUCGAUCUCAAGGUUUCAGGGCCAUGAGUCAGAUCCAACUGAACCAGCAGCAAGGGUUGGGUGUUAGGGGUACUGUGCCUCCGAAAGAUUCUCUUCCUUUCAGAAAAUAUAUUCCUGGUUUUAAUCAAGGGAAAAUGUUCAUGCAAUAUCCUAAUAACAACAUGGCUUUCAAACCUAAUUCACGUGGGAGGGGAAAGUCUUAUGGCAAGUCCAAUGAAAAUUGGAAUUUUGAUGUAUUGAAUGAACAAAACCGUGGUCCUCGAACUAAUAGAACAAAGAGCCCUCAAAUGCCUUCAGAAGCUGCAAAAAAUAGUGGUAGCCAUGGAGCAGUGGGAAAUGGUGAGGCUCAUUCAAAUUUAGUCAAUAGGGAGCAAUAUAACUGUGCAGAUUUUCCAGUUGAGCAUGAUUCUGCAAAAUUUUUUGUAAUAAAGUCCUAUAGUGAGGAUGAUGUUCAUCAGAGCAUCAAGUAUAAUGUCUGGGCAAGUACUCCUAAUGGCAAUAAGAGGCUAGAUGGGGCAUACCAAGAGGCACAGAACUUAGCUGAUGAGAAGUCUGGGAGCUGUUCAGUUUUUCUUUUUUUCUCAGUUAAUGCAAGUGGUCAAUUUUGUGGUUUGGCUGAGAUGACUGGUAAUGUAGACUUCAACAAAAAUAUGGAUUUCUGGCAGCAAGACAAAUGGAAUGGAUUUUUCCCAGUAAAGUGGCAUAUAAUUAAAGAUAUUCCAAAUUCUCAGUUCCGACAAAUUAUUCUGGAAAACAAUGAGAACAAGCCUGUGACCAAUAGCAGAGACACACAGGAGAUCAAGUUCUCACAGGGCAUUGAGAUGCUAAAGAUCUUCAAGAAUUAUGCAUCAAAAACAUCAAUUCUUGAUGAUUUCACUUACUAUGAAGCUCGUCAAAAAGCAAUGAAGGAAAAAAAAUUGAAGCAGCAAGUUCAUCAGCCACAACCACUUGCUGUCCGUAUUGGUACCUUAGCCCAGAAGUCGGGUGCAGAUGGCAUUAUGUCCAAGAGCUCUGAUGCCAAGGCUACAGAACUUCGGUUGCCAGUGCCUAGUGCAAAUGGAAAUAUGCUUUCUGACUCGAAUGAUUUAAAGAAAGCUGAUUCAGGUCAGUUUGAUGAAAAGAAGGAAGCAGUUACGUCUUUGAGUGGUGAACCAAAGAAAAUUGAUUCAGAUGAAAUGUGUAUCAAGGGCUCAGGUGUUUUAAUUGUGGGUUCUGUUCCUUGUUAGGUAAAUGGUAAUAGGCCUUUGUUGAUUCAAAUCCCCCAUCAGGAGUAUUGCUGAUAGAUGUUUUAUUGAAUUUGGUGGAUUAGAAAUUCUAGUAUAGGAUUACAUGUGGUGCUAGGUUACCUCAUUCAGUGAAAUCAGUAACAUAUGCAGUGUGCCCACUGUACCAUAGUCCUUUUGUCAGGUUACAGGUACAAACCAAUCAUCUCAAAAAGGGAUGCUACUGGUGUUCACUUGUAAUUUGACCACACCAUUGGAGGUGUGGUUUUGAUUUUGUUCGACUUUAAAAUCUAUCUCAUAGUCUGCAGUUUAUGGCAAAUUUUCUGCCCAUUGUGCGGAUGAUAAUUCCUACCCAACAUUUGUCAAUCAAAUGCUUUAGGAGCUUUUGCAUUUA